UGUCCCUGCUCCUCCUCUACGCCGCCUCCACCCAAACCCUAAACCUAGCUGCUCACCACGCUGCUGCCGUCUCCAUCGCCUAGCUUGCUGGAUCCCCGUCGUCCACUUCCCCGUCGCCGUCGUCCUCACGUGCACACGGCAGGAGGAGCAUGCGAGAUGUGGAGCCGCCGCCAUCGUCCUCUCGUCGUAGCUCCACGCGGCCGUGCUGCCGCCCUCCCCGCAGCUCCAUGACGCCGCCGCUCCCCUCCAUGCCGCGCCCCGCUGCUCUACUCCCCCGAGCAGCUCCCCCUCUCCCUACAAAUCCCUUAUUUUCCCGUCUAUUCAAUCGAGCCCCUGUUCCUCAAUCUGGUGGGAUGACUACGAGGCGGCACUCGAUCUGGAGGCAUGGAGGCGGCAUGGGGUGGGCGCUCCUCGUCCUCGAGCUCCACUUCUUCAGCAACUCCAGGCCCUCCUCAACAUCUUUGCCGUUCUCGCCAUGGGGUGGGCUGCGGAAGUUGACCCUGCGGUACUCGUGCAAGUGUGGCUCCCUCCUCCAGUUGCUCAUCGGCCUCACUUUCCCCAUUAGGAAUCUACUACCUAGGAGUACAUGGAACAUUGGUUCUACCUCAGUUGCGCAUUUUUUUAGAAAUCAAGAGGCCACUGGUUUAUUAUUUUCAGUGAUGGGGACAGCUUUGCAACUGUAGAACAUAGUAUGAGUUAGCACUUACGAGCAGUCAAGGGGGGUAGGUAGCAUAAAUCUCAUCUUUCAUGAUUUGACGUGCAUCACUUUGGAGUGGGAUGGCUAAUAAAUUAGGUAGUGAUGCUGCCUGGUAUUGUUCUGUACACUCCUGCAUCAUCAAGUUUUCCAGGCAACAACAGCACAAUGCUGAUAAUGAAAAGGAUAGGUGCAGGUUCAGACAGCUUAGGGUAUACAGAAGUUGCUUACAGGGUUGUAAUUGGAACAUGGGACCAUUGUUUGAUAUUGAGUCGUUGUCGAGUGGACAAUUUGAUAUUGGUCUCAGCCAAACAUAAAAAAGGCACCACAUGUCAAAUCAAUAAGCUGCUUCCUGGUUGAUCUUAAAUUAGUCGAUCGGUGGUAGUGAACUGGCAACGACGAAUUGGAUUGGUUUGAUAUAUGGAUCCAUGUGUACUUGCUGAUCUUUGACUAGCCAGUGCCAGUCCUUUCUGAUGUUUUCAGGUCCCAAAAUGCGCCUUCGUUGAAAUUUGUAGGAGAUGAUCUGAUUUAUUGUAGAAGUACAACUGCUGCUGCUGGAGCUCAUGCCUCAAGGAGACCCGGAGAAGAACAACCAACUUUAUCUAAAAAUGGAAGAGCUAGCACCAAAGAGCCCCAGCCCACCUCCAAGAUCAAGUUCUAUGUGUAAUUCACGGAUAGUGGUUGUCAGCACAUCUUCUAACCAAGUCACCUCCAGUGAUCCUUCUGUUGACAAGCAGCCAGACCCAAGUCUCCAGAAAAAGCAUGGCCACCGGCACAAAAUGGACGAAGAAGAGGUGAGCUGCCGCGACAUCGAAGCUCUCGCACCGAUGCUCCCCGUCGAGCUCGCGCGUGCGCCGGAUCUGGUGGCCAACACAGCCCGUCCGUCCGCCGGCACCUCCAAGCAAGGCCUACAACAACACUCCUUCUAUGAGAGACGCUGGAUCAUUGCCUUACACAGGCACUAUGCGUUGUGCUUCCUGAUGUAAAUCGCUUCCUGGACAGGCGGCAUGCAUCCUGAUGCAAAUCAGUUCCUGGACAACCAAUUUGAGAUCAAUUAUCCGGUAGGUUGACUAUACCUUGGCUUUGGUAGUCUUUAAUGUUUUUUGCUCUAUAUUUCUGAACACAAUUUCAAACUUAGCUUAAUAGCCCUUCUGGGCUCAACUGUAUUAAAAAAUAUGGCUUACAAUUGUUGUUCUGGAUUAUGUUGUCCCUUUUGCGUUGUCGGAUGCUUUACCUUGGUGUGAAUUUUCCAAAAAGCUUUUCUAUUUAAGGAACCAAUUUUGCUUUUUGAUGUUGCAUCGACCAAUGCUCAGUACCUAAUAGAACUAAAAGUCGGUUACCGGGUCAAUACACCUUAUAAAAAUUAUGAAUGGGCAAUAUGUGGCCAUCUAGAGUAGAAUUUGGUUCAUUGAUUGAUACAAGGGUCAAAUUGGUCUAUUCUCAAGGUAAUCACCACUGUUUUGUUUUAGGCUUAUGUGCCUGAUUUUUUUAGGAUCUCUGUGUCAAUGUGGGGAUAUAUCAAAGUAAUGCCAUGUUCUAAUUAUAAAUGAAAAGAAAGUUAAGAACUUAGUAAUUACAUAGAAAUCAUUGCUAGAGCAUAGAGGUCAGAGAUGUACAAAUGAUUGAUUAAAAAAUAUUUGUAUUUGCCACAACACACUGUAUCACAUCGUGUAUGCAUUUUUAUUGAAUAUAAGUCAGGUUUAGAACUUUUGACCACGACAACUAGAAAAACAAAGUAAAUCCAUCGUAUAUAUUCAGUAACGUAUAUAUUUAGAUAUUCAUGAUGCUCCAUAAGCAUACUUCAGUUCCGCUAGGAGCACUAGCUGUCGGCGUAUACAUGUAUUUGUUGGUUCUAACAAGAUGCAUGCCAGUCUUAGAAAAUAUAGUAAGUAUCUGUCCUGAAAUUUAUGACUCGCGUGAGGUGACUAUCUGUAGAUAACUAUCGUACUUGCAUAACUGGUUGAUUUUGAAGGAAAUAUGCCCUAGAGGCAAUAAUAAAGUUGUUAUUUUAUAUUUCC